GGGUAGCUUCCCAUCUGCUUAGGCACUGUCCCCAACCAUCUGCAAGGUUACAGUAACUUGAGGAGAUGCCAUGAGUGGAACACUCACAACUUUCCUCUGCUUUGGACUGACUUUAGGCCUCCGGAACCUAGUGCUUGCAUGGAUACUUCAAAAGCCUACUCUCUGGGCUGAGCCUGGAUUGGUGGUUGCCAAAGGAACCCAGGUGAUGAUCUUAUGUGAGGGAACCUCAGGUGCUCAAGAUUACUAUCUCUUCAAAUAUGGAGACCUAUACCCCCUGCACAGAAUGACCCUCAUGAAACCUGGAAACAAGGCCAAGUUCCUCAUCCCAUUUGUUAAAUGGUCCCAUGCUGGGAAAUAUCACUGUAUGUAUCAGAAGCCUCCUAUUUGGUCAGAGCACAGCGAUCCGUUGCCAUUGGUGGUGACAGGAUUUUUCGGAAAACCCAGACUGUCUGUCCUGUCCAGCCCUGUGGUGACCUCAGGAGGGAGCAUGACCCUCCAGUGUGUCUCAUUGGAGAGAUAUGAAAGUUUUAUUCUGACCAAAGAAGAUGAGAAGUUCUUUAGUCUCUUGGAUUCAUGGCAUAUCAACACUACUGGGCAGUUCCAGGCUCUUUUCCAUAUGGAUCCUGUGACAGCCAGUGAUGGAGGAAUGUUUAGAUGUUAUGGCUACAAAAAUAAUUCCUAUAUGUGGUCUGCACCCAGUGACCCUCUGAAAAUACACAUUUCAGGUGAGUUAGCCCCAGCAGUGAUGAGAUCAUUUUUUGAGGCCCAUGAGUUCUGCGACCUAGGGAGUCCCAAGAAAAAGGCUGCCCCUCAUCUAUCCUUCUUCUCUUUAGGAGAGCUUCUUGUCACACCCCACCUCUCAGUACACCCAGGCCCCAGAGUGUCUUCUGGAGAGAAUGUGACCCUGCUGUGUCAGUCAUCAAGUCAAGUGGAUGCUUUUCUUCUGUCUAAAGAGGGAACUGUCCACCAACCCCUGCAUUUAAGAUCAGUGUUGCAAGCUGGGAUGUAUCUGGCAAAAUUCUCCAUGAGGAAUGUGACCUUUGUCUAUGGGGGCAUGUACAAGUGCUACAGUUAUGACACCUUGUUCCCCUACUUAUUAUCAUACCCCAGUAACCCAGUGGAGCUUGUGGUCUCAGGAUUCUCUGAAGACCCUGGUUCCUCAUCCCAAGAGCCUGUUCCAACAUCUGGAUUGGAAAAAUACCUGCAGGUCCUCAUCGGGAUAUCUGUGGUUUUUCUUCUGUUGCUUUUUAUCCUCACAAUCCUCCUUCUCCAAUUCAAGCAUCAAGGCAGACUCAGCAGAAAGGGGUCCCUCCCUAAGCCUGUCCUCAGAGCACAGCCAGACUCUGUGGUCUCCAAACAGACUAAAGUGACUUUCUUCUGUGAGGGGACCACAGGAGCCAAAGAAUACAGACUCUUUAAAGAUGGAGUCUCAUAUCCACAGCUUGUACAUAUUCUACUAAAGCCUCGGAACAAGACUGAAUUCGUCAUCUCAAACAUUGACCACGAUCAUGCAGGGCAAUACCACUGUCAAUACCAGACCCCAUCUGGACAAAAAGAGAACACAGUGCUUCCAUUGAGCUGGUGGUGA